AUGAGCGCUCCCUCUACCUUGAAAGGACCGUCGCUACUUGUCCAGGCGACAACAGAAGGAGAGAGUCCUUCUUCAAUGAGAGCACAUGCUGUCAAGCGAGCGAGGCUAAGGCUGGGAAAUGCAGAGGGCCAGGCAGUUGUAGGAUCUGAGUUGGUCACAAUUGAUACGCUGCUUGAGCACGUCUCACCCCAACUCAGUGAGGCAAGAGGACGAGCUUCAGAUUUAGUGAGUAUCGUUCUUUCAUUCAAUGUGAAAUCUGAUCAUGCUGACCCUUGUGGUAGCUUUCUUCCCCAUGUAGCAGGCGACGCAGAGGGCCAGGGCUUGGUUGGUGAUGCUGAUUUAUGCAGAGACCUCGAAGAGAAGCUCCAUCUAGAGCCCUUCUUCUUGACGCAUCAGGCAUGGAAUUCAAACGGCUUCUUUAUCGAUCAACAAGUUUGCCGAUCUCAGAGCCAGGAGAUUAACAGACGGUUCACACAAGGCUACGCAACUCGCUUCUUAAUCAAGUUCCUGGGGCCAGAUGAGGAUGCGACGGUGCAAUAUAACCGCUGGCUGUUCUUAUCCUUCUCCGUCCUAUGGGUCAGAAAUCACCAUACUAAGAAAGUGUCUUGCGUCCUUGUUUGCUACGAUGGGUCAGAGGAAAUACAAAGCGAGAUCGUAAAAGGGUUCAGGCAAUACCCUCUGGCAAACAUCAAGGACAACCCAUACGCAGUUUAUGACGCUCUCCUGCGUGUCAUCAUCUGGCAGUAUAACAAGGCACUCUGGCUGUUUCGGGUGCCGAUUCGCACUAUUGAAAAGGCAAGUAGCACUCGUGUCCGGGUUGUGCAACGCACCAUGGCACUGCAGCCGUCAGCUGGCGGCAAAAAUUUCACGGAUGUCGGAGAUGGCCACGAGGAGCUGUUCGAACUUUCACGUCACACUCUGCACAUGUGCGAAACUCUCGAGGUAGCGAUGAGAACAACCAGCACGGUCCUGCUUCAGGCCGAGUCGCAAGUCCACUCAGCAGAACCCGCAACGGCAUCUUCAAUGCGCCUGACUAAUACUAUAUCUGGCAUACGAUUUUCCUCCGGCUUCCUUGAGAAUCUGAAGAACAGAGCCGACGUCUUUUCCAAAAGAGUUGAAAAUGAAAUCAAGUUGGCGGACAACAUGGUCAACGUCUUGCAGUUGAAGAUCAACCAGGAACUUCUUGAAGAAUCUCGUGAUGAAUCAAAAGACCUGACAAAAUUCGUCACCAACCUCACACUCUUUUUCCUUCCUAUCACUUUCGUAUCUGGCUUCUGGGGAAUGAACAUGAUUGGAAUGGGUGACGAUAGGCUGAUAUUUUUCUCUCCCCAUAUCUGGAUAUUUGUCGUGUCAGCUGUGAUUUCAGUCGUGUUGUCCUAUGCGGCUUGGUAUUUGGUUCUCAGGUUUACAAAAGCCGUAAAAAACAAGUGA